AUGAAUGAUGAUGAUGAUGAUGAUGAUGAUGAUGAUGAUGAUGAUGAUGAUGAUGAUGAUGAUGAUGAUGAUGAUGAUGAUGAUGAUGAUGAUGAUGAUGAUGAUGAUGAUGAUGAUGAUGAUGAUGAUGAUGAUGAUGAUGAUGAUGAUGAUGAUGAUGAUGAUGAUGAUGAUGAUGAUGAUGAUGAUGAUUAUGAUGAUGAUGAUGAUGAUGAUGAUGAUGAUGAUGAUGAUGAGUAUGAUGAUGAUGAUGAUGAUGAUGAUGAUGAUGAUGAUGAUGAUGAUGAUGAUGAUGAUGAUGAUGAUGAUGAUGAUGAUGAUGAUGAUGAUGAUGAUGAUGAUGAUGAUGAUGAUGAUGAUGAUGAUGAUGAUGAUGAUGAUGAUGAUGAUGAUGAUGAUGAUGAUGAUGAUGAUGAUGAUGAUGAUGAUGAUGAUGAUGAUGAUGAUGAUGAUGAUGAUGAUGAUGAUGAUGAUGAUGAUGAUGAUGAUGAUGAUGAUGAUGAUGAUGAUGAUGAUGAUGAUGAUGAUGAUGAUGAUGAUGAUGAUGAUGAUGAUGAUGAUGAUGAUGAUGAUGAUGAUGAUGAUGAUGAUGAUGAUGAUGAUGAUGAUGAUGAUGAUGAUGAUGAUGAUGAUGAUGAUGAUGAUGAUGAUGAUGAUGAUGAUGAUGAUGAUGAUGAUGAUGAUGAUGAUGAUGAUGAUGAUGAUGAUGAUGAUGAUGAUGAUGAUGAUGAUGAUGAUGAUGAUGAUGAUGAUGAUGAUGAUGAUGAUGAUGAUGAUGAUGAUGAUGAUGAUGAUGAUGAUGAUGAUGAUGAUGAUGAUGAUGAUGAUGAUGAUGAUGAUGAUGAUGAUGAUGAUGAUGAUGAUGAUGAUGAUGAUGAUGAUGAUGAUGAUGAUGAUGAUGAUGAUGAUGAUGAUGAUGAUGAUGAUGAUGAUGAUGAUGAUGAUGAUGAUGAUGAUGAUGAUGAUGAUGAUGAUGAUGAUGAUGAUGAUGAUGAUGAUGAUGAUGAUGAUGAUGAUGAUGAUGAUGAUGAUGAUGAUGAUGAUGAUGAUGAUGAUGAUGAUGAUGAUGAUGAUGAUGAUGAUGAUGAUGAUGAUGAUGAUGAUGAUGAUGAUGAUGAUGAUGAUGAUGAUGAUGAUGAUGAUGAUGAUGAUGAUGAUGAUGAUGAUGAUGAUGAUGAUGAUGAUGAUGAUGAUGAUGAUGAUGAUGAUGAUGAUGAUGAUGAUGAUGAUGAUGAUGAUGAUGAUGAUGAUGAUGAUGAUGAUGAUGAUGAUGAUGAUGAUGAUGAUGAUGAUGAUGAUGAUGAUGAUGAUGAUGAUGAUGAUGAUGAUGAUGAUGAUGAUGAUGAUGAUGAUGAUGAUGAUGAUGAUGAUGAUGAUGAUGAUGAUGAUGAUGAUGAUGAUGAUGAUGAUGAUGAUGAUGAUGUUUUCGAUGAAGCAUGA